AUGACGGGUUUCCGUUUAGCCUAUGGUGGAGCUCAAGAAUACUUUGGCAUCACACCUGAUUUAACAACUCUAGGGAAAAUCAUCGGUGGUGGUCUUCCCAUGGGAGCAUACGGUGGAAGAAGAGACAUUAUGGAAAUGGUUGCACCCGCAGAACCAAUGUAUCAAGCUGGUACGCUAAGUGGUAAUCUGCUGGCUAUGACAGCGGGUAUUCACAUGCUGAAGCGGUUAAGGCAGCCUGGGACAUAUGAAUACUUGGACAAGACCACCAAAGAGCUUACAAAUGGAAUCUUAGAAGCCGGGAAGAAAACCGGGCAUGCUAUGUGUGGCGGUUACAUAAGCGGGUUGUUUGGUUUCUUCUUUACGAAGAACCCGUCUACGAUUUCUCGGACGCGAAGAAGAGUGAUGCAGAGAAGUUUGGAAAAUUUUUCAGAAGAAUGCUGGAAGGUGUGUAUUUUGCACCAUCUCAAUUCGAGGCUGGUUUUACCAGCUUAA